AUGUCUUCUCCUUCUCAGCGUCGCCAGCGAAGCUCGCAGUCUGGCACCCCGAGCCGGAACACACGAAGUUCUCAAGCCCCGCGCAGUAGCCCUGGAAACGCUGGCGCAUCACAAGGUGGUUCGCAGAACGGCAACAGCAACACUCCGCGCAACAAUCGCUCGUCGCAACUGGCGUCGAGCCCUCUAUUCUUCCAGUCAUCGCCGGCGAAUGGAAACAAUGGGAACAACGCUCCCUCGUCCCCCGACGAUGGCGCUCCUCCCAGCUCACCUUUGCGUCAUAUGACACAUACACAGUCGACAGACAACGAUGGUGAUAGGACACCACGUGCCGCAAGUGGGCUCAUUGGUGAAUCAUCUCCCAUUCGAUAUGAGCCAAGCUCAAGUCCUGGCCGGGCACUGCACCCUGAGACCGACCUUCGAAGUGAGAGCAGUAACCUGUUUGUUGGCGCAUCCGGAACCCUUCGAGCCAGGACGAAUCGACGAGGUGAUAUCAACUCGGAAAUAUUCAGCGUUGGUGCUCGAAGUAGCAGCCGGGUCAUCCUAGAUGACGCGGGUCGCGUUGUUCGCGAGAUCCAUUCCGACGCCGCAACCUUCUCCAACCUAAACCCGGGGACCUCAGAUGCGGAUGUCCUGGGAGGACAAGAUAACGCUACCAUUUGGGGUACCACAGUCUCUAUCGAUGAUACAUACGCUUCGUUCAAGGACUUCCUAAAGAACUUCACCAAGAAAUACCGGAUGUGGAAUGAAGGCAUGUCGACCGAAGAGACCGACGCCGACCCAACGGCUACGUCGAAACCGUACCGGGACGAGCUUCAGAAUAUGUUGAUUCUUGGCCAGCGAAUCCUCUACGUGGACAUUCGAGAUUUCCAAUUAUACCCGCCCACCAGGAAGAUGUGGCACCAGAUCCAACACUACCCGCAGGAGAUUGUGCCACUGAUGGACCAGUCUGUACACGAUGUCAUGAUUGAGCUGGCACAAACCGAGAUGGCCAGGGAAAAAAGUCAAAGUAACGGAGCCUCUGCCACCCAGCGAAGCUCGGCGCCCAGCUCUGACAUGCAGUUCCCAAGCUCGGAACGAAGCGAGGAGCCCCAACCUUCUCAACGACCGCAGCAAGGCCCAAAUCUAGAAGAAAAGGUCAUGGAUCAGACUUACAUGACUCGUCCCUGGGGAUUGGAUGAAAUCACAAACCUGAGAGAUCUCAACCCAUCCGACAUGGACAAGCUCAUCUGCAUCAAGGGUCUCGUGAUCCGCACGACCCCUGUCAUCCCAGAUAUGAGACAGGCUUUCUUCAGGUGUAAUGUUUGCAGUCAUUCACUCCUUGUUGGUCUGGAUCGCGGCAAGAUUCGUGAACCCACUGAGUGCCCUCGACCCAUGUGCAACUCCAAGAACUCGAUGCAAAUCGUCCACAACAGAUGUGAGUUCGAAGACAAGCAGGUGAUCAAAUUGCAGGAGACGCCCGAUGCUGUGCCUGCUGGUCAGACGCCUCAUUCUGUCUCUAUCUGCGUUUACAACGAACUGGUGGACUUCUGCAAGGCCGGUGAUCGCGUCCGCAUUACUGGAAUCUACCGUGUUAGUCCGGUCAGAGUCAACCCACGCAUGCGAUCAGUGAAGAGUAUCUUCAAGACUUUCGUCGACGUGGUACACGUAGCCAAGGUUGACGACAAGCGCUUAGACGCUGACACCUCUACUCUCGACCCCGGAACCAACGACGAGGAAAACAACAUCGAGGAGACCCGAACCAUCAGCCCCGAGGAGGAAGAGAAGAUCAAGGCCACUGCUGCUCGGCCGGAUAUUUACGAGCUCCUUUCUCGGUCGUUGGCCCCAUCUAUUUACGAGUUGGACGACGUGAAGAAGGGAAUUCUCCUCCAGAUGUUCGGAGGCACGAACAAAACUUUCGAGAAAGGGGGUAGCCCCAAGUACCGUGGGGACAUCAAUGUUUUACUAUGUGGUGAUCCAUCGACUUCAAAAUCCCAGUUGCUGAAGUACAUCCACAAGAUCGCCCCCCGUGGUGUGUACACAAGCGGCAAGGGAUCUUCGGCGGUCGGUCUUACUGCCUAUGUCAGUAGAGAUCCUGAGACUCGGCAACUGGUGCUUGAGUCGGGCGCCCUGGUUCUAUCUGAUGGCGGUGUCUGCUGUAUUGAUGAGUUUGACAAGAUGUCUGACUCGACACGUUCGGUGCUUCACGAAGUUAUGGAGCAGCAGACGGUUUCGGUAGCAAAGGCAGGCAUUAUCACCACCUUGAACGCCAGAACCAGUAUAUUGGCAUCAGCCAAUCCCAUUGGUUCCCGAUACAACCCUGAUCUUCCUGUUCCUCAGAACAUCGAUCUACCUCCGACACUACUGUCUCGAUUUGAUCUUGUUUACCUGAUCCUUGACCGCGUCAACGAGUCGAAUGACCGCAGGUUGGCACGUCACUUGCUGUCCAUGUACCUUGAGGAUACUCCGCAGUCAGCGAACUCGAACAAUGAGAUCUUGCCUGUCGAAUUCCUAACAACAUAUAUCUCAUAUGCCCGUGCUCACGUUCAUCCGACGCUGACGCAAGAUGCCUCUCAGGCGCUUGUCGAAGCCUACGUGAAGAUGCGUAAGCUAGGUCAAGACGUUCGCGCAGCGGAAAAGCGUAUUACUGCCACUACCCGUCAACUUGAAUCGAUGAUUCGUCUUGCCGAAGCGCACGCCAAGAUGCGACUGGCGCCGACUGUCACCAAGGCCGACGUUUUGGAAGCUGAGCGUCUGAUCCAGUCUGCGCUCAAGACGGCAGCGACUGAUUCUCAGGGUCGCAUUGAUAUGAGUCUUCUGACAGAUGGUACAAGUACUGCAGAUCGGAAGCGCAAGUCGGAGCUGAAGGAGGCCGUGCUGCGUCUCUUGGAUGAACUAACCAGCGGCGGGCAAAGCGUGAAGUUCAGCGAAGUGAGCAGAAGACUUAGUGAAGGAGCGAGCGUUCCGGUUGAGCCGGCCGACUUUGCGGAGACGAUGAGAGCGCUGGAGAUGGAGGGCGCAGUAACGAUCAGCGGCGAGGGUGCGAGAAAGAGUGUGAGACGUGUCACGGGUGUUGCUUGA